UAGCCUGCUGACCUCUGGCCGUGUUUUCGUGUACACGGAAACAGAAGGCCGGAGGAAGUGUUUCCUUAGCGGCGCCGCCGUGUCUGGCAGUGGACGCCGGGUAACGCAUAUAUUGGGGCACAGGCGCGGACCGCGCUCACACGCGGUGACUGACUUCGCGCACGGAGAUGUGGACGCAGCUGCUGACCGUCGCGGCGUGGACGGCGGUUUGGGUGGCGGGCGCGCUGUGGUGCUUGUGGGCGACGCGCGCUCGCACCUCGGCGCCGGGUCCAGCCACGCUGCCGUUGCUAGGCAACCUCAUGCUCUUCCGCAAACUUCCGGUGCUCGUACAACAGCUGAAGGACAUGCACGCGCAGUACGGAGACGUCUUCAGGUUCUACGUGGGGCCUAAGCUGUUCGUGGUGGUGACACAGCCCGAGGACGUGAAGGCGGUGCUGGUGGGCUGCAGACAGCGCCAGAGGGACCCCUACUUCAUGCGGCCCAUGCGCUUCUUCAUCGGAGACGGGCUCAUCACAAACAAGGACGACGUCUGGAAGGCACACCGCAAGAUAGUCCUGCCGACGUUCCACACUGAGGUGCUGGGCCGAUUCAUGGGAGCGUUCAAUGAGGCGGGCCGCUUCGUGUGCGAGCGGCUGUCUGCGGCGGAGGGCACCGAACUCAACGUGUACCCCACGUUCUUCCAGUCCGCUCUCCGGACCCUCACCUCCACCCUGUUCGGCGUCGGCCUGGACCAGCUGGAACCAGACCAUAGCAAGCAGGUGCACUUCGCUACGGAGUUUUACAAAUCCAUGAAAGCAAUCCAGCGCAUAGUGUUCCGGCCGUGGCUGCAGCUGGCCUGCACGGCGUCGACUGCGCUGGGCGCGCGCUGGCUGCGAGAGCGCAAGGGCCAGAUCCACCGGCUGGUAGCGCGCGGCAUCGCCUACAAGAGGCAGCACCCAGGCGCCGACCGGGAGCCGGCCAAGAGGCGGCCGCUGGCCGAGGUGCUCAUCGCGCCGCACGGCCAGCUGCUGCUGUCGCCGCAGGAGGUCCACGACGAGGUAUGCACGUUCGCCAUGGCGGGCACAGAGACGACUGCCUCCACGCUGGGAUUCGCCCUGUCGCUAUUGGGACUUCACCCCGAGUGGCAGGACGUCGCUCAAAAAGAGCUGGACGCCGUCUUUGGGAAUGGAGAAGACUAUCUGCGGCCCUGCACCUUGGAGGAUCUCACGCAGCUCACUGUCAUCGACAGCAUACUCAAGGAGACGCUGAGGCUGUUCUCGGUAGUGCCAACACUUCCACACUACGCAAGCGAAGACAUCCAGCUGGCGGGCGGGCGGUACACGGCCUCCCGCGGCAGCUGCGUGCUGCUGGCGCUGUGCCUGUUGCAGCGACAGCCACACCUCUUCCCAGAACCAGACAAGUUCGAUCCGGGCCGCUUCCUGGAGGGCGGCUCUGCCCACUCCAGGUUGCCGUACAGCUACGUGCCGUUUGGCGCCGGGUCCCGCAUGUGUGUGGGUGCGCGCUUCGCCCAGCUGGAGAUAAAGACUGUGUUGGCUUCGGUGCUGAGAAGGUUUCACAUAUUACCUGGGUCCAGCAGAGAAGAGCUGGAAGAGGUGGCGUUGGCUGUCACUGGACUGCCCCUCAGUGGACUCAGGGUCUCUUGUGUACCGCGAAACAACCUACCAGUGCGUACAACAUAGUCCCAUUGGAUGACUAAACCUGUGACUGCUUGUACGAGGGUCGAUAGGACUCCACAACUUGCAUCCUUAUGUACAGGGUGGUCCAAAAGUUCGGAAACACCCUCAUAAAACUCAAAUGGAGUAGCAAACAAGGAAACAGACUCCCUACACACGAGGAACGGGAAGGGGGAAACUUUAUAGGCUAUGCCACUAACAUGGCGGCCAUCUUGAUAGCCGCCAUCUUGAUAGCCGCCAUCUUGGAUUCAACUCCAAAAUUUCACAUGGGAAUAUGGUCGUGUGACAUAUCAAACAGAUAGAGAAUUUUACCACAAAAACAAUGCCGUUGUUAUUUUAGACGUAGCGUUAUUCAUUCUCCGGUUAUAGCCAGUUACUUGUGGCAGCGGUGGGACGCUUGGCAGCAUGUGUGUUAUGUGCCAAAGAGGCGUUACGCCGAUGUUACACAGUACCGAGAGAUCACCAACAGUCACAGGAAUUGCUGGAUAUGUUGUCCAUUAUGUUGGAUUGUUAAUUCUAUCCUCCGAACCCAGUCCUGAUGAACUUUGACCAACACAUCUGGCUGAAUUUGACCACACGCAUCAACAAUGCGCUGCUUUAGAUGAUGCAAAUCCCGUAGUUUCACAGGAUAAACCAUUGCUUUGACAUGACCCCAAAGAUAAAAAUCCAAAGGAGUCAAAUCUGGUGAACGUGGAGGCCACUCCCUACUCCCAAUCCACUUUUGAGGGAAUUGAACGUCCAGGUAUUCUCGCAUAUUGUGCCCAUAAUGUGGUGGGACUCCAUCAUGCUGGAAGAAUUCCGGAAAUGUCCCGUCCUCUGUUAACAACGAGAGAAACACUUCUUCAUCCAAUAACCUCAGAUAACCACUGGUUAAAACGUUAGCAUGAGUAAAUGAUGCCUAACAGUUAAACACAUGUAACAUAGCAGGCAUGGGAUAGUCACUUUGCACCGUUUCAGACCCAUUUUUAUGACAUCUCAGUACGUAAUACUCACGCUGCCGAGCGUUCCACUGAUGCCGCAAGUAAUUGGCUAUAACCCGAGAAUGAAUAAAGUUAUGUUUAAAAUAACAAUGGCAUUGUUUUUCUGGUGAAAUUCUCUAUCUGUUUGAUAUGUCACAUGAGCACAUUCCCAUUUGAAAUUUUGGAGUUGAAUCCAAGAUAGCGGCUUUCAAGAUGGCCGCCAUGUUGGUGGCAUAGCCUGUAAAGUUUCCCCCUUCCCGUUCCUCGUGUGUAGGGACUCACUCCAUUUAGAAUUUAUCAGGGUGUUUCCGGACUUUUGGACCACCAUGUAGUGUCCCGUUCAGCGAGGCCAAAGUUUGCUGAAAGAUGAAAAUUUUGACACUUUUUUUUACACGGACCUGGUGGACAACAUUCGCUCCAGAUAUGGAACCUAUACCCUUUUUCAGGAAACUCAAACCACUAAAGUCAUGCUGGCAUAUCUUGGGUUCUGAUUCAAAUAUUUAGUCGGUCAGUUCUCCCUCAUAUUCACAAACUUGCAUAUGUUGCUGGACAAGUACUCCUAUAAGGUUUGAUUCAGUUGCAAGCAGGUCCUGGCAUACUGUAGAUUUUGUUAGAGGCAUGGGCUGUGAUAAAUAUAUAUGUGUGUAGUGUUAGGCUGAUUCAUUACAGCCCACAUUCCGCUAAAGACUAAUUAACUUUGAAUUGAAUGCUCUGCAUUAUUGAUAAAGUGUUCAAGACAAAGCUUGGCCUCUUUAAAGAGCAGAGGUAUUAUUUAUAGUUAUUUAUUUAUUUAUUUGUGGCACGUUAAAUACAUAACUGUCUGAUUUUAUUUUAAAUGACUGUGCUAAUGGCUUCCCUUGUUGUAAGAUUGCUUGACGUAAAAUUAUUUUACAUAAGUUAAUAAACACAACGUGUCUGUUCUAGUUUGAGGUCUUAGACAGAGCUAGGAACGCUAAUCAUUAGUAUUUAAUGUUAUAUAAAUAUGUCAAAUUUGCUGUUGUUUGGAAUAACUUGUUAUUGUUUCUUGACAGCAUCACAUGAAAUUCGAUUAGAAGCUCUAUGUCCUCCCUUUAUUUUAUGUCUUAUGUCCACCACAGCUGUUAAUUACCUUUUAUACACUGUAAAAUAUUAGUAAGCUUCAAAGAUUGUGUAUUCAAAUGGCAACUAAUAAAUCUAUCUAUAUAAAUAAAAA